AUGUCCAACAUCUCACAGACAGCUCUGCGUCUGUUCCGACCACAAAACACUUUCACUUUCAGAGCAUCCUCGGUGUCUAUUGCCCGUCUCCAUCAGCAAGGCCCCGCGCGUUCUGCUGUGGUUCACGACCAAGCACUUCCGCACAACCAAACCCAUGUGCCGACGGGCGAAGGAUCUCAUUUCCUCUCUCAAUCCAAAACACAAACGCCUACGUCAUCCCAAAAUGGGGCCACCAACCUCGACACCCUAGUAUCCCAAAUGCCUUUAGUCCAAACUCUUCGUGACACCCACAGUACUUACAAGGAGUCUCGACCUCAUCUUGCGAUUCCACCAGCCAUAAGACAGCAUCACUUCGUUGGUGGAAGCUUGACAGGCGCCGGGAAGCUUGCUUUCCAACCAUACAUGUGGCUUUCCACUGGGAAGACCGGAUCGCAGACAAAGAACGGAAAGAGGGCUAGCAGCGUCGUGUCCGUGUUCCAUAUUGGCCAGGACGUGUGCGGUCACCCCGGCUUUGUUCAUGGCGGUCUACUCUCAGUACUCUUUGAUGAGGUCUUUGCGCGCUGUGUAUCUGCUGCAUUCCCUAGUGGCCUUGGAAUGACAGCAAAUCUCAAUGUGGACUUCCGCAAACCUGCGCUGCCAGACAGGAUGUAUGUCCUGCGCACGGAGACGACCAAGGUUGAAGGUAGAAAGGCUUGGGUUGAGGGUCGCAUGACCUAUCUUCCUUUGGCUUUGCCUAUUUCUUCAGACGCGAAUUCUGUCAUGUCUGAUCUAAGCCUUCUGCAGGAAGAUCAUGAAGGAGCGGUCAUGGUUGCUGAAGCGAAGGCUUUGUUUAUUGAGCCUAAAUUUGCAGACGUGAGUUCAAUUGUCCUAUAUUUCAUCAAUAAUAAUGGGGAGAUUGCUAACAUAUUCAUUCAGUCCAUGGUUUCGAUCUACCGAAACUAA